UCACAACGAGCAUAAACACAAUAGAGAGAGUGUUUAGAGAGCUUCGGUUUUCGCACAAAACCGCGAGUAUUGAGAGGAGCUGUUUUAUCCUGGAGACGACCGGUUGAUAGUCUGCCGUGCGCAUCGAAGGCAGUGCCGCGAACGUCUUAAAGAGAGCGACCUAGUCCGCGACUCAGCUCCAGAUUCGGUAACCUCGUUCCUUUUGUUGUUCCGUUCCUAACAAUUUUAAGACGUUCGGCUACUGCUAUGUCAACUGAACAGAACAACAUGGCCGGAUCUGGUGCUGUCGAUAUCAAUCGACCCUUCCGCUUCGUUGGGGUCAACUUCCGUCGCUGGAGGCAAAAGAUGGAGUUCUACCUGACAACCAAAAAGCUGGCCCACUGCCUCACCAGCAUGCCCGUCGAGCUGCCGGAAGAAGCGACCGAUGAGGAGAGGGCUGCUUCUGCUAGGGAAAGGGAGCAUGACUUCCUGUGCAAGAAUUACAUCCUCAACGGCCUGGCAGACGAUCUGUACGACUACUAUGCGGACAGUAAGAACACCGCGAUGAUGAUCUGGGAUGCGCUCCAAAAGAAGUACGACACGGAGGAGGCUGGAGCUAAGAAGUAUGUUGUCAGCCGCUACCUGCGCUACCAGAUGGUGGAUGACAAGUCCGUCGAAGUUCAGUCCCACGAACUUCAGAAAAUAGCUCAUGAGAUCGUCUCUGAAGGUAUGCCUCUGGACGAUCAAUUUCAAGUUGCUUGCAUUAUUGAUAAGCUGCCCCCUUCGUGGAAAGAUUUUAAGAAUAUGCUUAGGCACAAAACCAAAGAAUUUUCACUGGAAAGCUUGAUUACUCGCCUAAGGAUUGAGGAAGAGUCCCGCAAGCAGGAUAUGAAAGAAGAGGUGAUGGUCGUCACUGCUAAACGACCCACCCCUAGAGCUCUUAAACCUACCCAGAAAGGGUUUAAGAGUAAGAACCAGCAGGUCCGCCCCCACCAGAAUGGUGCCUCUCGAGGUAACCAAAGGGUCAUGGCCCAAACCUCUAAGAAUGACCCACCGUUUAUCUGCUAUAACUGUGGAAAACCGGGUCAUAUGGCAAAGAAGUGCCGGAACAAGCAAAACCCUGCCGCUGCGGCCAGGGUUAACUUGACAGAAGAGGAUUUGAUAGCCAUGAUCACAGAUAUGAUCGCUGAAGUUAACCUCACCGGUGACUCAGAAGGAUGGUGGCUGGAUACAGGUGCAUCGAAGCAUGUAUGCAACAAUCGUGCUAUGUUUAAAACAUACACAGAAGCACCUGCUGACAAGAAAGUGUUGUUGGGGACUACUCACACCACUAUGGUUGCUGGUUCUGGUGAAGUGGAGCUGAACUUCACCUCUGGGAAGAAGAUGGUGCUCAAGGAUGUGUUGCACACUCCAGAGAUAAGGAAGAAUCUUGUUUCGGGAUAUCUUCUUAAUAAGGCCGGGUUUAAUCAAACUAUUGGGGCAGACUUGUAUACCCUUACUAAGAAUGGGAGUUUUGUGGGAAAGGGAUAUGCAUGUAAUGGGAUGUUCAAGUUGAAUGUCGAAAUUAUAAGAUGAAUUCUUCAGUUUACAUGGUGUGUGAUUUGAAUGUUUGGCAUGCUCGUCUUUGUCAUGUGAACACACGAAUUGUGAAGAAUCUAAGCAAGCUAGGACAUAUCCCUAAACUCUCAAUGAAUGAAUUUGAUAAAUGUGA